AGCGCCGGGCGUUUUUUUUAUUUUUAGUAAGGUGUAUGCGAAGUCUAAAAUGCAUUCAUGAAAGGUUCUGCUUGUGCUUAGGACGCCGUGCAAAAUGCAAAUGAUGUGUGGUGACGGCGAAACUUAAUGCUGUCAUCCAGUGUGAAUGGCUCAGAUCACGUUUUUUUGCCUCAAUAUUGUCCGAGUUGGUGGCACCGCGUCCGUGUUCAGUAUGCCCAAUGAGUAAGUUAUUCUAAGUCUUCUGAACGCGGUGUCCCCCCUUUUUAAAAGGACUGUAAGGAUAUAGCAGGAGCAUUGCAAGAUACGGAAAAACUGUUUCGGGGGGUUUUACAAGUCCAGACCUAAACUCUCUGGUGCAACUAUAUCCCUUUAAUUUCUUUUUGAACUACUGUCAAGUGCAGACUAGGAAAAAAAAAUCCUCCCAAGAUGCACUGGCUAGGAGGUGGAGAAAGAAGCCAUUUUGUUGGUAUUUGUUUUCCAAAGAUGAAGCUGCUGAGAUUGUUCAGUGGAGUUUAUAGAGUGGAGUUUCCACAUCCGUAAAGAACUGGCGAUGGUAUAAUGACUAACUUUUUAGCGACAGAGAAGCAGGGAGUCGUGGAUGUACCUGCCACAGACUGUAGAUAGUUUUUGUCCUUUUUUUUUUUGCGCGUCGGUCAAGUGCAACGUACUUCUUGCUGCACCUAUACGAGAAUAAAUUCAUACUAACAGGUUCCAGGAGGCUCAUGGCGAGGAAGUAAUGUUGGAGGAGUACGUGACAAAAGCCCAUUGCAGCGACCUGUCAAGGAUCGGGCAUUCGGGACACCGGACACAUGCAUGAUAUAACGGCAAGCCUAACAAUUUUCCAAGAGACUUCCUCUAAGAGACACCAUUACUCGGGCACUUUGCACCCAGUUCAGAGGAGGAAAGUCUUCGCUUGCGCUGUCCGUGCCCUCCAUCUGUAACGAUGGCAGAAGACAUCCGCCACAGCACGAAGGCAAACUUCUCCGCGCUGGCCGAGCACACCAACGGCCUCACUAAAACUUCCACGCUCGCCUCCAAACCGGGGGCCUCCAAGAAACUAGUCAUUAAAAACUUCAAAGAUAGACCAAAGCUCUCAGAAACCUACACUCAGGAAACAUGGCUGAAACUUCAGGAAGCUGUCGGAGCCAUACAGAACAGCACUUCCAUUAAGUACAACCUCGAGGAGCUCUAUCAGGCAGUGGAGAACCUGUGUUCUUAUAAAGUGUCUCCUACGCUCUACAAACAGCUCAGGCAGGUGUGUGAAGGUCAUGUCAAAGCACAGAUCCAUCAGUUCAGAGAAGAUUCUUUGGACUAUGUUUCUUUUCUAAAAAGGAUGAAUAAAUGUUGGCAGGAUCACUGUAGGCAAAUGAUCAUGAUAAGGAGCAUUUUCUUGUUUUUGGAUCGAACAUAUGUGCUGCAGAACUCCAUUUUACCAUCCAUUUGGGACAUGGGGCUGGAGCUCUUCAGGACCCACAUCGUCAGCGACCGGCUGGUCCAGAGCCGGACGGCGGACGGCAUCCUGGAGCUGGUGGAGCGGGAGCGCGGCGGCGAGGCCGUGGACAGGAGCCUGCUGCGCAGCCUGCUGGGCAUGCUGUCGGACCUGCAGGUGUACAAGGAUUCGUUUGAGCAGAAAUUCCUGAAGGAAACAAAUCGUUUGUACGCAGCAGAGGGCCAAAGAUUAAUGCAGGAGAGAGAGGUGCCGGAGUAUCUGCACCACGUCAAGAGGCGCCUGGAGGAAGAGAACGACCGAGUGAUUACAUACCUGGAUCAGAGCACACAGAAGCAGCUCAUUUCUACUGUGGAGAAGCAGCUGCUUGGUGAACAUUUGACAGCCAUUUUACAGAAAGGUCUGGACAGCCUGCUGAAUGAGAACAGGAUCGGCGAGCUCACCCUGCUCUAUCAGCUCUACGGCAAGGUGAAGGGGGGCCUCCCUGCGCUGCUGCAGCACUGGAAGGAGUUCAUCAAGAACUUUGGGGUUACCAUUGUGGCCACCCCGGAGAAGGACAAGGACAUGGUGCAGGACCUGCUGGACUUCAAAGACAAGAUCGACCGCAUCACCGAGAGCUGCUUCCAGAAGAACGAGUCCUUCGUCAAUUCCAUGAAGGAGUCCUUUGAGACCUUCAUCAACAAGAGGCCCAACAAGCCUGCGGAGCUCAUAGCCAAGUAUGUGGAUUCGAAGCUGCGCGCUGGGAAUAAGGAAGCCACGGAGGAGGAGCUCGAGAGAAUCCUGGAUAAAAUCAUGAUCAUCUUCAGGUUCAUUCACGGAAAAGAUGUGUUCGAGGCGUUUUACAAGAAGGACCUUGCGAAACGCCUGCUGGUGGGAAAGAGCGCUUCAGUAGAUGCUGAGAAAUCCAUGCUGUCCAAGUUGAAACAUGAAUGUGGGGCGGCCUUCACCAGCAAGCUGGAGGGGAUGUUCAAGGACAUGGAGCUGUCCAAAGACAUAAUGAUCCAGUUCAAACAGUACAUGCAAAACCAGAGUGACCCGGGCAACAUCGAGCUCACCGUGAACAUUCUCACGAUGGGCUACUGGCCGACGUACACCCCCAUGGAGGUGCAUCUUCCUGCGGAGAUGGUGAAGCUCCAGGAGGUGUUCAAGACGUUCUACCUGGGGAAGCACAGCGGCCGCAAGCUGCAGUGGCAGCCCACCCUCGGCCACGCCGUCCUCAAGUCGGAGUUUAAGGAGGGGAAGAAGGAGGUGCAGGUUUCACUGUUCCAGACACUGGUCCUGCUCAUGUUCAACGAAGGGGAUGAGUUCACUCUGGAAGACAUCAGAUCUGCCACUGGAAUAGAGGACAGCGAGUUGCGGAGGACGCUGCAGUCUCUGGCCUGUGGGAAAGCCCGGGUGCUCCUCAAAGACCCCAAGGGCAAAGACGUGGAGGACGGAGACAGGUUCCUUUUCAACGGCGACUUCAAGCACAAGCUGUUCAGGAUAAAGAUCAACCAGAUCCAGAUGAAGGAGACCGUGGAGGAGCAAGUGAGCACCACCGAGCGCGUGUUCCAGGACAGGCAGUACCAGAUCGACGCCGCCAUCGUCCGCAUCAUGAAGAUGAGGAAGACGCUGAGCCACACCCUGCUGGUGUCGGAGCUCUACAACCAGCUCAAGUUCCCGGUCAAGCCUGGAGACCUGAAGAAGAGGAUCGAGUCUCUCAUCGACCGGGACUACAUGGAGAGGGAUAAGGACACUCCCAACCAGUACCACUACGUGGCGUAAAGUAAGUGCCGCUGGCAGUCGUGGCCCGGACUGCGCUGCACUGCUGGGCGGCUCUCCGCAAGACGACGGGCUGCUGUCCCGCCCUGCCCCGCCCCGCCCCGCCCCUGCGCGCGCGGUCGGCGUCCGGAGCGUCGCGCUUGCUUUCGCUCCUCGAUCCUCGGCUUUCGCUGUCGUUUUUUGUUUGUUUGUUUCCCCCCCUUUCAGUUCUCGGUUCGCUCCAGCUCUCGACAUUUUCUGGCAGAGCCAGCGAGAAACGGGGAACGUUCUAACGCCUCGCGCCGUUCCGCGCUAGCGGACCGUGACUGAGGUUCGCUCUGCAGGCGGGAGGGUGGCGAAGUUGGCGUUCGCGCUAGCUGGCCGCGUCGUCGUCUUCAAGUCGAGGCGAAGUUGCGGCUAAGAUGGCGCUAAGGUCAUGACCUGCUUGCUUCUGUUAGGUGGUCUUCUCUUUUGGUAGCAUCAAAAGAAAUGUAUUGCUUAUAAAUGCAACAGAUUCAAUUUAAUUUAAUUUAAUUUCAGGAAAAUUACAAGAUUUGUCAUUAUGCACACAGACAUCCUUCCACUUUCAGUGCCCGAUUAGUCCACUACAGCGUGGCCAUGGCGUAUCUCGGCUGACAGCGAGCACAAGGAUACGCCUUCCUGACACACGCAGUUUAGGGAUACCUGUUGACCCGGAUGGCAUGCCCUUUGGAUUGUGGGAGCAAACGGGAGUAGAGCACAUGCCGCCCCAGGGUGAAUGUGCAAGCUGCACACAGAAGAAGUCUGUCCCCGUCCCAAGAGCUGCGAGGCAGCCGGGCUCCCUCCUCUUUCAACAUGGCUCACUUUAUCAUGCCGAUGAACACUUGUCAUGGCCGGGAGAUUCCACACGUGCUUCGCACCAAGUCGCACGCGCUGCCCUGCUCCUGUCGCAGAGCCUGGGCGAGCAGCGCUUGUUAGCUGGUCUCCGAGUCCUAGAUCACCCCACAGAUGCUGAGAGGGGCGGGCAGGCAGGGUGUCCAGCAACAUAACUGUCACAUUGUCACCUCGCAAAAAGUGUCUUGUACACGAACAGCACAAGGGCGUACGUUGUGCUGCUGAAACGUCGUCACUCCGGGACUUGAUCUAGGGGUGGUGGCCCUCAGUCACAACGUUUGGCUUUCUGUACAAGCCCAGCUCAUCACGCUCAGAUUUCCCCAAGCGUUUGUCUUUUGCGCAGAACGAUCUGCCAGUUUUCGUGGUGGUCUGGACUACCUUGAUUCAUUGCUCAAGAGGGAUCGCCUCUGAUGCAGUGGACUUGACACUGCGGAAAGAGCCCUAAAAGUGGAGAGGGAUGUGAUGAUCUUGGCGGGUUUUUGUGACUCAUGGUAUCGCAGGUUGCAAUCUAUUAUCGCAAAGCACUCCCCAACAGCUUAGCCCAGCUUCCAGCACACUGCUGGCUCCAACGCGUUGUUCUCCUGACUAGCAGAGCACGGCGAUUCCUCUGUUUGUCUUCCCUGCCACGCUACAGGGCUCGUCAUUCAACAGGUUAAAUCACCUCGUCACAUGUUGCCCAAUCAGCCUAAUCGUCUAUUGACCUGAUUCAGGGCUUAUGCCACAAAGACAUUCGAGGGUGUCCCAGUCUUUCUUCAUUGAUUUUGCCAAUCAGAACGACAAAAAUAUUCAAUAACCAAAACUGGUAUGCUUUAGUAUUCGAAAAAUAUGCAUGUAUAAGUAGCGAUGUUUCUUUUGAUGUCCAGUAUAUUCACACCACCCUUAUUUAGGUGAUUUACAGAUUUGUGCACACUGAGUUUAGUUGUUGAGGUCCUGUUUUUAUGGAGUUAAGAGAGCAGUAACUUUUUAAUAAUAGGAUGAUGAAUCUAUAAUAAGCCUAAAAAGUGCCAUGCAGAUCAGGCUUCUCUCGCGGAGAUGGGUGUAUCAGUUAGCAGCACAUGCUAAAAAAUGUUUGUCUUUUCUAGUGUGUUUCAGCAGUUUUAAGCCAAAUCUUUUCGGAUUGAUGCUAACGAGCUGUUAUUUUUAUUGUGUUUCUCCGAUUAGGUAAUGUUGAUCCAUUACAGUUUUGCCUCUUGAAACAUAAAUUGUAACCUACAGGGAGAACUCUCAAGUGCAAUUUUACUGGUUCACUUUCAGUUGCCCUCACGUGGGCGUGAUGAAGAUACUAUUAAUGUAAUUGAAAAAAAGGCAAGGUCUGGUAAUUGAUGGUGAGUUUGAUGAGCACCUUGGUAUACACUGUAUAUAUGUUGUUGGGUAUAUGACGGAGUUGAUUUUUGAGAAUUGUGUGAGUUUUGUUCUGGUGGUAUAUUGCAGAAUGUGAUCAUGUAGAUGGGUGGCAUUAAUAAAACUGCUGUAUUUGCUAAGUACUGUAUGAUAGCAUUGUGGUAUUUUAUUAAAAAAAGCAAUCUCAGUA